CGCGGCUCCGUCAGGAUGUUUACCUUCGUGUGGCUUUUCUUUUUAAAAAAUCGUAUUAUUUGUGCCUUGUUUAGUAAAUCGGCACUGAGGAGGCAAUCACCGCUUGGCAAAACAUUGGCAGCAUACUCAUUAGGACACAACCCAUCUGGCUGGCCGCCCAGAGCCACCAUGACCGAGAGUCGAAGGGAAGCCCUGGCGGUCGCACCCGCGCCGACCAGCACCUCCUCCGCCUCCGCCGCCUCCAACAGCACGGAGGCCACCGGCCAGGGCACGGGCAGACCCAAGGACGAGGCUUUCUCCAAGCUGAAGGACAAGUUCAUGAAUGAGCUCCACAAAAUCCCACUGCCGUCCUGGGCCAUCGUCGCCAUCGCCUUUGUGGCCAUCCUCCUCAUCCUCACCUGCUGCUUCUGCCUCUGCAAGAAGUGCAUCUUCAAGAAGAAGAAUAAGAAGAAAGGCAAGGAGAAGGGCGGCAAGACCGCCAUCAACAUGAAGGAUGUCAUAGAAGGCACCAAGAUGGAGGCCAUGAAGGAUGAGGAUGAUGCAGAGACAGGGCUGACGGAUGGGGAGAAAGAGGCGGAGCCUAAGGAGGCGGAGAAACUGGGCAAAUUGCAGUACUCCAUGGAUUACAAUUUCACCGAAAACCAGCUCAUCGUAGGAAUCAUCCAGGCCGCAGAGCUACCUGCUAUGGACAUGGGAGGAACCUCAGAUCCCUACGUCAAAGUGUAUCUGCUACCAGAUAAGAAGAAGAAGUUUGAGACAAAGGUCCACAGGAAGACACUCAACCCCUGCUUUAAUGAACAGUUCAUCUUCAAGGUGCCCUACACCGAGCUGGGGGGGAAGACGCUGGUGAUGACGGUCUAUGACUUUGACCGCUUCUCCAAGCACGACGCCAUCGGGGACGUGAGAGUGCCCAUGAACAAGGUGGACUUCAGCCAUGUGACAGAGGAGUGGCGCGACCUGCUGAGCGCUGAGAAGGAGGAGCAAGAGAAGCUGGGUGACAUUUGCUUCUCACUGCGCUACGUGCCCACGGCCGGCAAGCUGACCGUCGUUAUUUUAGAGGCCAAGAACCUGAAGAAGAUGGACGUGGGUGGCUUAUCGGAUCCCUACGUUAAAAUCCACCUGAUGCUGAAUGGGAAAAGGAUUAAGAAAAAGAAGACAACAAUCAAGAAGAACACACUCAACCCCUAUUACAACGAGUCCUUCAGCUUUGAAGUGCCCUUCGAGCAGAUCCAGAAAAUCCAAGUUGUCGUCACCGUUCUGGACUAUGACAAGAUCGGCAAGAACGACGCCAUUGGGAAGGUGUUCGUGGGCCUGAACAGCUCGGGCACUGAGCUGCGGCAUUGGUCGGACAUGCUGGCCAACCCGCGGAGACCCAUCGCCCAGUGGCACGUGCUCAAGCCCGAGGAGGAGGUGGACGCCCAGCUCAGCAGCAAGAAAUAGGGGGAGGUUUUUCAAUACCUGCCCACCUAGUGCCCCUUAGCCAGUAUGUGUAAAUACCUCAGUAAUGUAAGGAUCAUACGCCCCCCCCCUGCACAUACCGCUUUUACACAAACAGUGGUACAUUCCACCACACCCCCCUCAGAAUUGUGUUAAGUGUAAGGCCCUUUUAUUCCCUUUUAUUUUAUUUUCCCCUGCCAACCCACAGACCCUUAAAAUCAAAUCCAAAUGCCCCCCCUUCUUUUAAGCAAUAUGACCUGUAUAGAUAGCGCAUGACUGAAAUUUAUUGUAACACAGUUGUAUAUAUAAGUAUGCAGAAAAAAUGAUUUAUAGUUUAUGUGUUUGUAUGUUGUUUAGCGUUUCCUAAUCUGUGUAUAUCUUGAUGUUUUUAUGAAAAUAUACUAUUUUAAAUUAUGUAAAUGGAGAUAUAGGAAGGCCAAUGUUGUUUAUUACAGGAUUCCUGCAUUCACAAAAAAAAAAAUUCAAACGUUCAGAUACUGGAAGUAUACUCACAUUGUCAAGGACAGUUACUUUUUUUUAGUAAUUUAAAAUGAUUACUAAAUUAUGAAAUGAAAAAGGCCAUUAACUAAUAUGGUUCCAUGGUGAAUUUGCUGCUGGAAACAUACACAAGCACAGGGAUUCCUAAGUGUUCUUUAAAUACUAAUUUGUCAAAUAAGUUCAGCGAUUCAUGUGAUUUGGAGUGAUUUCGGACUCCGCGUUGUAAAUUAGUUCCACGGUUAAAAACCAUUUUUCCUUAAAUAAUACCAACAAAACACAGUAAGUCCUUAUAGCACAAACUGCAACAUUUUGUGAUUGCGCCCUUCUGAGGAGCUCAAUCUUGGAUAUUCAAUGUAGGUUUUCUGGGCUCAACUUUGGCAAACGGUUUUUGACUUAAGCUUUAAGAUCAACAUUUUAUAGACGAGACAAUACUUGUCAAAACUUUUGUUUUUAAAUUAUUAUUUUUAAUAAUAUUUGCUAAAACUGCGACGUGGGAAUUUUGAGUUCACUUAGGAUCACGACGGCGAUUAAUUUUUGCCUUUGGCAAAAAUCGUUGGGAAAAUGUAAAUUUAUUAAAUGGACGCUGCAAAUAUUGUAGUCCAGUUGAUGUUAGGGUAUGUAGUUAUUCCGGCGAAGCAGGCUGACGCAAGUUAAAACACUGCCAUUUUUUUCAGGGAGGUAAUAAUGUAAAGAAAAACCUUUUCCUCAAGGAUACUACAAGGUAGUGUGUGUUGUAACGUCUGUUGGUAGAUGUGUGUCUUAUUCCUUCAGUGCCCUCAAUAGCAGCAAUCACAACAGCCAGCCGUGGUUUACUGCCAAUUUACUUUCUCCUUCUUAUGGCUGCUGUCUCCUGCUGCAUCGGCCGCAGGUUUCCGACGGCCGAGCUGCGAUCCGGGGUGGGGGGAGCGUCUCAGAGGCCAUCUUUUCUGGAUGAAAUAGGAAUCUGCAUGAAUCCCGCUGUACCAAGGGGAAAUACACCUAACUGGGUUCUACUGCCACAUUUAAAGGGGAAAAAAAGAAGUUAAUGGUCUGUGAAAAUGAAACACGAGUCCACUUUUCCUUUAUUACGGGUUCAAGAAAUACAUGAGUCGAUUAAAGCUAUUCUCAUUAAGGAGCCUCUUUGUGUACUAGGCGCUUAGCUUUAGGAGGAAUUUCUCAGUGUUUUCAAUGUUGAUAUGUUGUUAACGGCACUAUAACGAAGCUAUUCGUCAUUUCAUUAGACUCUAUGGGACUGCUUUGUGUAUCACUGUGACCGUAGUGUGUUGCUUAAAGAUGUAGUUUUUAUGUAGAUAGCAGCCGGUCUGUCCCCUAGUGACGUCGUACAAUGACCAGACAUUCCUUUGUGUCACGCUGCCCCGCGCGCGUGCGUUCACGCGUAACAUCGUCGGUCUGGACGCCUGCGGACCAAUCAGGAAACGAGGGGCUCCGUGCGGAGAGACCACGGCUUACACGCGAGCGUUUGGAAGGAGGAGUGGGUCUGAUCACACAGCUUUCUGUUGAGCACUGUGCAAUACCGUCUGUCCGUCCGUCCAUCCCGUUGAGAUAGUUUCCUUAUUUUUUGUGGGUGGUAUCGCCCAGGGAAGAUUAUUCCAGCUCUCUCUGAAACAUUCCUUCAGAAGCAAUGGUUAGGCCACAGCACAUGUAGAUUGUGAGUAUGAUAGAGCACGUUCACCAUCUGCCAUCUGUUUAGUUAAUUUCUCCUCUCCUUUCUUCACAUGUCCAUUGUAAAGAUCUUAGGUGUACUAUUGGUAAAUACCAAAUCAUGGCAUAAAGGAGUGUACAUAUUUUUGUAUUUACAGAAUCAGAUUAUAAUUAUUGUAAUAAUAUCAUAAAUAAUAUAAAAAGUACUCGGGACAAAAAAAUUAUACGGCAAAUGACAAUUAAGGUUAAUUGUCUCUUAGUGUAUCAGUCUUCUGUAAUGUUACUGUUACAAUGUUAUUACUUUAGGGCCGUAUUGCAAGACCUUCAUUGUGCACUCUGUUUUGGAAUCUAAAUGAUUUAUGAUUUCAUAUAUAGUUAUCAAUUGAGAUAUUGUGUAACUUUUUUUUAAAUACCCAGUAAUGAAAUAUUGUUAAUAUUUACUUCCCCGAAUGCAAUAUGCCUGUACACAGCGUAUUCACUUGUGAUAAGGAAUGUCUUAUUAUACGUGUGUACUCCUGUAUUUCGAAAUGACGGGAAUGCUUGUUCAAAUCAUUCACCCUUCGAUGGAAAAACGUCCAUAAGGCAAAUUUUGAUUUUAUAAUGUUUUUAAAAGAAAAUUCAUGUUUUUUUUUUUUUUUAAAUCAGGUCAUACAGUAUAAGUCAGCAUUGCAGUCACAUGACAUGAUUGCAUAGAGGCACGAAUGAAAAGCCAUUACUUGCACUGCGAAGCGAUGCUGCUUAUUACGGACACCCACCAAAGCAUGCGCGACACCCUGCGAUGUCUUUCCCGAGAAAAAACAACUGCUGUGUGACCAAGAAUCAUCCCACGACGACGACAAAAGCCACACUUAGCUUUCAGAAGAAGCUGUAUAAAGUAUUAGAAUCUGAUGCUGUAGAAAGUUCCUAGUUGCCUUUCUGUAUAUUCACAGCCUGCUUGAGUACUUUUUGUGUGUGGAAAUUUUCCUCUGUAACCGUGUUGAGAUAAUCGGGGUGUUUUUCCUGCCAUAUUGCUCGCAAUAUCUGCGAGCCGACAGUUAUAUUGCUGUGUAUACCCUUCAUUUUUGAUGAGGUGUUUUACCAAUUUCGGUUCGUGUAGUGAUUCACUCUGUGAAAGUUUUCUGAUCGUUGUUAAUAUAAACUUCAUAUACGCAAUGUUCAAUAAAAAUGUUUUAUUUCCUGUUGAUACAGAA